AUGCAUGAACACUCGGGAAUUGAAAAUCCGCUGGAGGGCUGGAUGACCUCGGUGUUCGGACAGUGGAAAGGGACUGUUGGAGAAGGUGAUUACAAAGGCAGUGGACCCAGGGGCGGUGGCGCCGAUGUCCAUGAUGCCAUUGAUGGAUAUGGAAGCAAGCUGCUGUCAGUCCUCAUCCUCCUCCUGCUUCCUCUGCUGACCUGCUGUAAACCUUUCAUCCUUCCACUGGACUGCAGCGAUGUCUAUAACCAAGACACCAGUCUAACCAGUGGAGUGUACAGCAUCUAUUCCAUUGGAGCCACGUCUGCUGUCCUGGUAUACUGUGACAUGGACUCACAAGGACAGUGGACGGUGUUCCAGAGGAGGUUGGACGGCUCGGUGAACUUCUACAGACCCUGGGAUCAGUACAAGACGGGCUUUGGUAACGCUGCUGGAGAGUACUGGCUCGGUGAGGAAUGGGUGCUGUUUAUCAUCUUGGAAAAUGUUUUCUACCUGACGCAGAGAAAAAGGUACGAGCUGAUGGUCGACAUGGAAGAUUUUGAUGGAAACAAAGUGUUUGCUCGUUACUCCUCGUUCUCCAUCGAUGGAGAGUCUGACGGCUACAGGCUGAAUGUGUCUGGAUUCACUGAUGGAGGGGCAGAUGCCCUGAAUUUUCACAACCAACAGAAAUUCACUACGUUUGACAGAAACCAGGACAGCUCGUCAGGGAACUGUGCAAAAACAUAUCUGGGGGCGUUCUGGUACAACAGCUGUCACCAUGCAAAUCCUAACGGGGUUUAUCGUUGGGGGGCUGAUGGUACUAUCUUUGCUGUUGGUGUGGCCUGGCACCAGUGGAAGGGUCAUGAUUACUCUCUGAAGACCAUCAGCAUGAAGAUCCGCCCUCUGCAGUAA